CAUCUUUUUAAAGUAAGAUUUUAAAUAGAAAAAAAAGAAUUACAGAUAGAAAUCUAAUUAUCGAGGAAGGUGCCAUGAAUUUUAGGGAAGAUUGUAUCGGGGCGUUGCAUGCAGGAAUCUAAAAUCUAUCGGUAAAAGAAGGCCUUCUAAUUAUGUAAAGCAAUUGGCCAUUAACGUAUGCUCAUAAUCGCAUGCAUCCACAAAGAUCGAUUUGUUGUCAUGUAUACCUUUGGAAUCAAUCAAUCGGUGCCAUCGGUGUUCGGUCUCCAUCAAUCCCCCCCCCGUCACUGCUCAUUGCCGCAUCUUGAACGAUCAGUAGAAUCAUGCAGCAAUUCUCUUCUUCCUCUCUCCUCUGAUCCUUCACGCACGUACGUCAUGAGGGUCAAGUUACGUCUCCUCCUCGUGCUCAUCCUCGUCCUCCUCCUCCUCUACGUACUGAUCUCAUGGACCUCGUUUUCCCCUGUUCCUGCAAUCACAUCGCUGACCUCGCUGUCAGAUUCGUGCACCAAGAUCCCACCCUCUCUAGCGACCGCUAUCGUGCACUACGCCACCUCCAACACCACCCCGCAGCAGACCCUCGAGGAGAUCUCCGUCACCGCCAGAGUGCUACGGAAGAAGUCGCCGUGCAAUUUCCUGGUCUUCGGCCUCGGCCACGACAGCCCCAUGUGGAGCGCGCUCAACCACGGCGGCCGCACCGUCUUCCUCGAGGAGGACGGCUCGUGGAUCCGGACCGUCCGGGGGCGGUUCCCGGCGCUGGAGGCGUACCACAUGACGUACCGCACCAAGGUGAGCCAAGCGGAGGGUCUCUUGGCAUCGGGGCUGAAUUCGACGGACUGCGCGGUCUGGAACUCCAAGUGCCCGCUGGCACUGACGGAGCUGCCGGCCGUGUUCUACGAGGUGGAGUGGGACUUGAUCAUGGUGGACGCGCCGACCGGUUACCAAGCGGACGCUCCGGGGCGGAUGGGGGCGAUAUACACGGCAGGGAUGGCGGCGAGGGGGAGGAGUGCGGGGGAGACCGACGUGUUCGUGCACGAUGUGGAUAGGGUUGUGGAGGACAAGUUCUCCACGGCCUUCCUCUGUGAAGGAUACCUGCGGGAGCAGGUGGGGAGGCUGAGGCACUUCACCAUUCCCAGCCGUCGGACUACUCCGGCCAUCGCAUUCUGUCCCUGA